AUGAACUCCGCACACCAGAAGCCCAACACCUACCAAAAGAAACCCAUGGUGCAACAACAGUCGGGGUGCGUCUUCCACAACAACGAAGGCUACAAAAUUCAAAAAGGAACUACCUUCACAUCGUAAGUUUUAUACAAUGUAUUAAACAGAUACCAAAUCAAUAAAAGGUUAUGCAAUAAAACUAUAAAAACAGUCAUGAUCAUGUUAACAAGCAUAAUAUACCUUGUCAGUACAAUAUAAUCAAUUAUUAAAGUAAAGCAACCAAGCAGACUAACAAAAUAAUAAUUCGCUUCUUUUAGUUAUGACGAGCUGGUUCAUGCCCUCAUCCGGUAUGAAAUGGCAGCCAGGGUACACCUCUUGAGAAGUAGCUCAAACUUCUUGAAGGCGAACAAAAAUGCCUUUUCUGACGAAAUCUGUCAACAGUUCGUGUUCGACAGAUUAGUCUUUAAAUGUCCAAAUCAUGAAGUCAUCAAAAGAUUUGACAGCCAGACCGGGGAGGCCCUUUACAAUAAAAGAGUAACGAAGAAAAACUCCGAAGACACGCGGAAAUGUGAAUUCACAUUCACGGUCCAGUACAAUCCGCAGAUAAACAGACUAGAGAUCAGUGCCGGGAUGCUGUGCCACACAGGAGGGUGCAAUCCGAGCGCAAAGGACUUAUUUGAAUACGUCCCUAAAGACGAGAAUAAUAAAAAGAAAAGAGCGAUCCGUAAGUUACUACUCUGUAUAUUUAAAUAACUAUUUUAUCGAACUUUAAAGUAAUUUAGUAACGUAGAAAUUCAAUAAUUACAUAGUUAAGAACGAAUACAAAAGAACAUUCUAAGUUUAUAAUUUUUAGAUAAAAAGAUUGAAGAACUAGAACCUGCUCAGUUGCCUCCUAUUUAUCCCUUGGUAAAAGAAACGGUUGCCUUUAAAAGUAAGAAUAGAACCAUGCAAUCGCCAAACCUCAACGCACCAUUCUACCAAGAUACAGACGUUGGCACUAUACAGUAUGCUCCGGAAGUAGAGGUCUUAAUUAGUCGGUACGUAACCGACUGCAUUAAGAAGCCGGCUGGCGAGGAAUCAAAAGCCGGCUCAUCCACCAGCCGCGGCACCAAGCGCCGUAUGGCCGAUGAAGGCGAAGUUGCGGCAAAGCGAGCCAAUGAUGGACAUGCCCUGAGGCCAAACACAAAUUACGAAGUCGCUGAAGUUGGCCAAGUUAGCUACGUAGGCCAAGGAAACUACAUAUGCGAAGACGGGACAGCACAGCUCGAACGUCACGUUCAACCAGUACAAGAAAUAUGGGCUGCUUCCUACGAACAAAACCCGGCUUAUUACCAAUCGGCUGGUCCAAGCCAAGGCUACUGGAACCAGCCGGUUGCCAAUUAUGAGCCUUAUCACUACAAGACGGCCACACAACAACAGUAUAGCCAGGCAACAACUUACAACAACAUGUGUGACCAAUUAGCAGCUAAUAAUGGUUUCUUCGAACCAAAAUGGAACGAAUACAAGACGUUUGGCCAACAAACAUGCCACCUGCCGGCUAAUAAUUACCAGGAUAUGCCCAAUCCAGUGGCAGAGAAUCCAAUAGAACAGCCCGCAUACAUCCCGCCAUAUAAUGAUGCAUCGGCCGACGUGAACAACAAAAGAACGUCACAAAAUAGUGCUAGCCCAGGACCAGAUGAUUAUGAUUAUGACUGGUUCAACCCGGAGAACUACCUGGAACCGGCGGUCCAAAUUCCAGGCCAAGGCGAAGAGACUGCUGCGCCACUGGCCCAAGCUCCAGAAGAUGAUCCAGCUAUUGAAGAGCCUGAACCCGGACCUCAACAAGACCUAGCACAUGUAUAUUACUAUGAUGAAGAGGAAAUGAGGGCGGUCGGUUCUGGUGGAGCCGACCUUAUUGCGAUGGCAAUGGAAGGCUUACUUGAUUAA